AUGAUGAAUCGUUUUGAUGAUGAUAUCGAUACUUCAUUUAAGAGGCUUCGACCUGUUUAUGCUUAUCGCAGUGAAAAACUUGUUCCAAUUGAAAAAGCACUUGAACCUAUCGAGUCUCAAAUUGAUGAAUUACCUUAUUACAUAAAGAUAGCUAAACGACACUGUCACUUUCCAUCAGAACAUGGACUAACACAUGAUCAAUCAGCUGCUGUUUACAUCUAUACUAUGGAAUGGGGUGAUACUACUUUGAAUCGUGUAUUAAAUAGAGCAUUACGAUGCGAAAAUCGCCAAGCAUUAAAGGUAUGGUUUCCCUAUCUCAAGUUAUUUGAUACAGCAUUGGAUAUAUUACCUACUGUCAAAGAAGUAGUAUGGAGAGGUGUACCACUUAAUAUUGGCAUGAACUUUACCAAAAAUCAAAUUGUAACAUGGUGGAGUGUUAAUUCAUGUUCAUCGUCAGUGAAUGUUAUCAAAGAUUUGCUUGGCAAUAAAAAAGAUUCAACGCUUUUUCUAAUUGAAGCUGUUAGUGGAAAAAAGGUUUCUGGAUAUACAGAAGAUGAAAAAGAAGAUGAAGUUAUUUUACGAAUAGGUUCACAAUUUCGCGUGAAGAGUGAUCAAUUAGAUAAAUCGAACGAUUCACACCUUGUGCAUUUAAUUGAAAUUGAUGACAACAAUGAUCAACCAUUAGCAUCGGCUAUGAAUGACAUGAAACCGGCAGCAGCAGCACAACCAUCAAUGAAAACUACAUCGAACAGCUACUCAUCCGAUGAUAAUGAAACACGAAACAAAGCAACAGAAAAUGUUUUACAAUAUGUUAAUCAAUUUCGACAACCUGAUGAUGAUGAUGAUAAUGUUGAAGAAGAAGACGAAACGCAUGAUGAUGAUCAACAAGCAGAUCAAUUCAAUGGAUCACAACAACCUGUAUUAACCCCUCCUAAUCCAUCGCCACCUACCGUUACACCUCUCUUAUCAACAGCUGUACCUCCUUCAAUACAACAAGUAGCACCACCUGUUAAAUCUCAAGCACCAUCAUUACCACACCCACACUCUACACCCUCGAUAGAUGAUAUCGGUGAUAUUAAACCAGACACACUUGUUGAAUAUAGGAAAUUGUCAAGAGAAGCUCAGCAAUAUGAACAACUUUAUUCAACAAUAGAUUCUACACGUAAAAAACAAUUAGGAUCUUGUAUAAAAAAUAUUAUGAAUAAAUUACGUAAAGAAACAUUUCAAACAUCAACAAUUGAAUUAUUUGACUUUUUAUGUGGACAAGGAACAGAAGUCAGUAAUCAAAGUAUUCGUAUAUCAAAUGAAGAAGAACGUUUAUUAUGUUUAUCUAUGCUUGCAACACUUAUUCUUGCACAAUUACCUGGUCGUGGUUUAACUGAUAUAAAAACAGAAAUUUUCUUACCAUUAAUUGGUAUUCUUAGUCAAAACCAACGAAAUCAAGAAUUUCGUAUUAUUUUUCUUGAUCAUUUACAUAAAAAAUGUCCAUAUACAGUACCAUUCUAUCCAAAACGACAACCAAAUAUGAAUGAUAAACAAUAUUUAGAAGUUAUAGGUUAUAUUGAAAAACAAGAUGAUGAACAACGUCGUUUAGAAACUGAAACUGAAUUUCUUACUCGAAUGAAUGGACUUGUUCGAUUAUUUUGUAAAUUACUUGUUAGUCAUGGUCCACCAUUUGAUAAAGAUUUAACAUUUGCAUGGAAAUGGUUGUCUGAUGUUUUAAAUUUACCACCGAAACCAAAUAUAACAUCAGUUUUAAUAUGUGUUUUUCUUGAAGAAGCCGGUGAAAUUAUGAUGAAAGUAUAUUCAACACAAUUUCCAAAAAUAAUUAAAGCUAUUCAAACACAUUAUGUACCACGUUUAGAAAAGAAAACAAGUGAUGAUCAAAUUACAAGACUUCGUUUAGUUUUAGAUAAGCUUCACAAAUAA